AGAAUCAGCUGUUGUGCGACCUUUGCGGUGUAUCAGUCCGUGAGAGACAUCAGAAAUGAGAAUUUCAUAUAAGAGAAAUUACCACGUCUUUUGUAUACGCAAAGUUAAAGCUCUUGAUAAAGCUUUUUGAAUUCGAAUAUACACUGGCAGUGGUGAACAAUGAAUGCGAACUCGUCCACAUCCGAGAACGCGUCUCAGCCGAACGCCGAGCGGAAUCCACCGCGUAAUGAAAAAAAAACUCGAGGCUCCCGGCAGAAGGCUGUAGACAAUUUGUCCAAGAAAUUUUUACGGAACUUUGACCCUGAGCACAGCGAGAGAGAGAAACGCAAGCUUUAUCGCCGAUUGUAUCACGGUCACAAGAGGCAGUUAUACGACGAGAAAGGCAUCUACAUACAGACAGCGGAUGAUCUCUGCGAUUGUUUGAACUUAGACUGCUAUGGGUGUCAUUAUCCAUGUGCCAAGUGCUCUUCCCCAAAGUGUGGCCAUGAAUGCAGGAACAAUCGCAAGUGGACCUACGAUAGCAUCCACUGUGAAGGCGCUGAUCUUGUGAUAAAGAAUCCAUUAGCAAAGGAAUCGUAAGCAAUAAGAGUGAAGUUUAAUAUGCAUAAUAAGUGACUCAAUUGUGAUCUGCAAGUUUUUGUACAUGAAACAUUCUUAACAGCAACUCAUUAUUCCUCUUAUGAGAUGCUUAAAUAUAUAAGAAAAAAAAGUAAAUGUAAUUAUUAAAUAUAAAUAAAAGAAAAAAAAAUAG